AUGCAGACUCUUCGCCGCAUCUGUGCCUGGAGCACAUUAGGCAUCCUGAGUUUCGGUUUCACGGCCCGCGCCGACGUGGCCGUCCAGGACUUCGAAGCUCAGUGCUUCUCUUCUGGCGAAGCUGGUUCCGUAGAUCGGUCGAGCACGACAAUUCGACUUCUCGUGCAAGAUUGGACUUCCCAUGAGCUCGUUUCCACAGUGGCGGCCUUCAUUCUGAAGGAAUGGUUGGGCUACAGGGUGGAGCUCGUGCGUCUGACCGAGCCUUUUUCACAAGAUGUCAAUGUUCAUCAAGCAGCACUAGACACCCUGCGCAAAGGCGCAUGGGAUGUCGAUGUGGAAAACUGGGUCCUUAUACAGCCACAAGGGCUCCAGGACGAGCUGACUGCAAACUCCGAACCGUUUUCGCCGAUUGGGUACAGUGGGCGUUCAGGCCUGUACAUCUCGAAGAGCACGGCCAACGAUCAUCGGUUUGCAGAUUGGUGGAAGUUCUACCUUCAGUCUGAUAGAGCGCACUCAAUGGGCUUCUCCGGAACAGACCAAGAUGAUCUGCGGAGAGUCCUCGGCUCUGACUUUCCAUCUUGCACUCCUGAACAGUUUCCCUGGUGCAGCCGCGAUUUAGAAGGUUACUGGAUUUCUCCUGCAUGCCGGCAGAACGUCUCAUCCUGCAUACAAGUGCUCAUGGGGCCGCCGCAUUGGGAUCAGGGCUACUUUGAGCAGGUCGCCGCCAACCUGCAGAUCCCCUUUGCUUUUGCUUACUAUGGGGCCGACGGCCUUCGCCAAAAGCACAUCCAGCUCGCCGAGAGCCCCGAAGAUGUGGUGUUUUAUUCUUGGAGCUCCAACUGGGGAAUUGAGCAUGCCGCCCGCAUUUCUCUGCCUGAUCCACUCACGGCGUCAGUAGUCGCUGACUAUGAGCGGCUUCCGAACGGGACGAAUGCAGUCGACUACCCGGAGGUGUUGUUGAUGAAGGUUCUGGCAAAAACACUUUUCCAAAAAGCUCCAGAGGCCUACUGGAUGUUUCGGCGCCUGACUUUAGACAAGCAGAAGCUACGGGAAAUGUUAGCCUCUUCUCAACACACCACACGCCAACAGAUCGAAGAGUCUGCCUGCGCCUUCGUGAAGGCUAAUACCGAUCUCAUUCGACAGGUGGCGCCGGAAUGCGUGACACAAAGUGCCAGCGAGCUGGCGAAUCCGGACAACGCUUUCGAACAGGGCACCGGAACCUGCACGCACUCGGAAGUUGGAGACUUUCGUUGCUUCGACACGGUUUAUGACAGCCGGGCAUAUCCAGACCGACCCGAUCGCUCGAAGACGGUGAUUCGAUUUGGUCAGCGUGAUUGGCUGUCGCACGACCUCAUGCGGACAAUCGCUAUGAUCUUGAUCCACGAGAAGCUGGGAUACACGGUUCGGUCAGAGGACAUUGUCAACGAACCCUCCAGGGACUGGGCCGCACUUCUCGAGCGCAAUGCCAUGGAUGUUGAGAUGGAGAGCUGGCAGGUUGACAUUUAUGACCCCUUGGUUCAAGUCUAUCUCAAUGGCGACGGAAUCGUCCAGCCUCCCGAGAGGAUUGGUUGGAUGGGACGGAUUGGGAUGUUCGUCAUGCCAGAGGUCUUGCAACAGCUUCCCUUUGCUGACUUCUACAAGUUCUAUGAGGGGGGCGAGGCACUGCAGGCCGGAUACCGCGCCCCGAACCGGACGGAGCGGCUGAACGUCUUGGAUGGGAUCAGCUUCUGCCGACCGGACUCCGACAAUUUCUGGUGUGAAGGACCAUAUGAGAACCAGUAUGUCCCGGACCACUGCCGAUCUCCCAAUUCGACGUGCAUCGAGGCAAUCAUGAGCAACCCUUCCUGGUCUCAAGGAACUUUUGAGCAGCUGGUGGUCAACCACAACCUCAGUAUUGUGUUGUCGUACUACGGUGCCCAGCAACCGAAGUUGGUGGAGCAAGUUUUCGAGAACAGGAUGCCCAGCAUCUUCUAUGGAUGGGUUCCAUGGGAAAAAGCUGCUCAGUUUGGCUUGAGCAACGACGUGGGUCGUGUUUCAUUUCCGGAUUACUACCGCGGCUGUGACGGGACUGUUCCGUCUCCCACCGGGCUGCGGCAAUGUGACCUGUCUGCUACAACAGUGUACAAAAUCCGGCGAAAGGAUUUGUCGGAGCGCGCACCGGAGGCGGCCUAUGUCAUUGACAACUUGGAGGUGACGCAGGAGCAGAUGGCAUUGCUCCUGUCGAUGCACGAAGCGGGGGGUGGGAACCUCACCACCCGUGAAACCGCUUGCUACUUCGCCAAGACCAUGACAGAGGCUGUGGAGAAUGCCUUGCCGGAGUGCAUCACCAACCCGCCGGCGAAUCCGAAGAUCGGCGACCGCGUCUGGAAUUCGGCAGUGCGAGAAUGUGUCCGUCUUGAGUGUGCGAGGAAUGCAUCGCUCAUCUAUGACAGCACCACCGGCUUCUCACGCUGUCGCGUAUGCAGCGUGGAAAAUGCCGGGACGGUUCCGGCCGAUGAUCAGAUGUCUUGUAAGCCUUGCCCUGCGGCAACGGCACCGGAUGAGCUGGGCGAAACUUGCUUGGGCUGCCCUGCUGGCCGCUACGCGCAAGAAGCAGCAAGUCCCAUCUGUCAGGCUUGCCCCGAAAACCGCUACAACCCGCUGCCACGGCAAUCGCGCUGUGCUCGAUGCCCCCGGGGAGCCAUAUGCUACGGGCCCGAUGGUGUGAACGGCACUGGCUCCACCACCUUCUAUGCUGCAGCACGCUAUCAUUUGCUUGUUGAUGCCGAUCCGGACAUCAGAAUCCAGGAAGCUUUCCAGAAACAAGUGGAGACAUGCGUCGACUGCUGGGACAAGGCAGACCCUUUGAUCACAAUCGGCCCGUACGAGUGCACUGUGGCUGCGGCGUGCCGUGAGAACAACACCUGCUUCCAAACUGCUGAUGGCAUCCCGGUGAUGGACGGCCCACUCUGUGGCCGCUGUCGGCCAGGCUUUCAGCGCUCAACGCCCGACGAGCCCUGCAAUCGCUGCCCGCCAGACUGGCUGACCAUUGUCGUGAUCAUCGUGUGCGUACUGGGUGGCAUUGGUGGCCUGUGUUUGCUCUCCUGGUCGCAGGAUGCAUCUUUGGGAAACUUGCGAGGGGUGUAUUCCAUCGUUCUGAAGAUCCUCUGCAACUUCUUCGUGCAGCUCAAAGCCCUGGGACAGGUGACGGACUUGAAUGGUGUGAUCAAGGCCCUCAGCGAUGAGAGCUUGAGUCAAGCAAUUUUGACGUCACCGGUAGCAUUCUCACUGGGCAUCGGCGAUGUGUUGGAGAAUCCCUCAACGGCUAUCUUCUCCAUCGAGUGCCUCAUGAUGAGCGGCGGCACUUCUCCUCGGGAUAGCCAGUAUCUCAAAGUCCUCGGAGCUUUAUUGCUGAUUCCGCUCACGCUGCUCCUGACAUGGACUCUGUCAGUCUUGGCAUGCUGGUCCUGGCACCUUCUUCGACCCAAGCCAUUGCGCUGGAGCAAUCGGUCCCUGUCAGCCCGAAUCUUAUUGUCCUUUUCAUCGCUCGCCGUUCUGGAGAUGUACUUCUUGCAGCCGAUGGUGACGUCACAGCUGCUGUCUGUCUUCGAUUGCACAUCCACAGAUUUAGGAGGGGCUCCCCUGGGACUUCGCCGCUGGUCCUAUGACAUGAGUGUCGACUGCGAGUCCGACAGUCAUCUCCAAUGGCAAUUAGCCACCACCUUCGGCUUGCUGUUGUUCUCCUUCGGGAUCCCAUUCAUACUGUACCUCAUUCCGAAGCUGAUCUUGCGUUCCAAGCACUACACCCUGCAGAGCCCCGAAAUGUGGAGUGUUUUCGGCUUUCUCUACGACGGAUUCGAGCCGGACUUCUGGUACUACGAGUCCUGGAUGAUGUUGAGAAAAACCUACAUCCUCAUCGCUGCCAACCUCUUCUGGCUUAGCCCAGAGACAAGAACGGUACUCCUCUUGACCUUGGUCAUCUACUUCCGGUAUAUGCAUCUCCGAGACUUGCCUUUUGACAACCGGGCAUAUCAGGGAGUCGACCGCCUCCAGUUUGAUUCCCUGGCCACUUUCACGUGGUUGCUCCUGGGACGACUCUUCCGCACCAUGUUGCAGAUGACGGAUAACGCGUUGGAUGCGAGUUACUCGCCAGUUUUUUACGUUCCAGCGGCCUGCAACUUCAUGGUUUUGCUUUGUCGAGCCGUCUACCUCGUGCUCCGCGAGAUGAUUUGGCCACUGCAGUCUCCGCCAACCCUGCUUCCCAAGUGGCUACGGGCAAGACUCGACCAUCGCCUGACCUUCUCCUUCAUCCCUCCCGCAGGCAUGGAUGAUGGACACCCUGAUCGUGAUGCGUUCAUAGGCAUGGAGCAUGGCAGCCUGUCUGGUCUCGCUGGCAACGUGGCGGCGGAUUGGUCUCUGGCUCCCGCCCACACAUUGCCCAAUGAGGAGCGCGAGAUGCUCAAGACCAUUCUUACGGAGACGGUGGAGGUUUUGCUCAGGCGGCACGAGAUCGUUCACAAGGAGGCACCUCAGGUAAUCUACUUGCCUACCUUCCUGCUGCAGAUGGAGCGAGUGCUGGUGGCCUCUAUGUGCUAUGCAGUGAAAUCUCGGAUCAUCAAUGAAGAACUCUCAACGCAUCGAGACACAUGGGGAAAGUGGCUCUUUGGAAUUUGGGACGAUACGAAGAGCUACGUGAAAGAAGUGCUCUUUGGUGGGGACCGCACUCGACGGAACAUCCUCCGAUCUCACAGCGACCGGCCGUGGCACGAUGAGGGCUGUGAGCAUCUCGCCCAUAACCAGCAUUUGGUAAAGCGACCGGUAAGCACGGAGGAGAUCCAAAUUGCUUUGUACAGCUUGUGGCCAGAGCUGGUGGACCCCAAGAAGAACAGCAGGGAUGCAGAGAACAAUCACCUGCGGGAGAUCGUUCAUGCCCACAAGGGUAUUAUCGAUAUGCACGGAUCGGUUUCGCAUAUCUUUGACUCAGACAUGCAUGCGGCAUCUAUCGUGAGGAGGCGGACGAGGUCUGUCCGAAUUGAGGGGGGGAUCAAUAUGGAUGGGAUCAAUAUCAAUGGAGUCGGAGCCGGAAAGCAGCCUCCUAGCGACGAGGAAUACGAGGAGCAGGAGGAACUUGGCAGGGCCAUGCUCGAAGACGAGAUGCCGCUGCCCACCGACAUCCGGAUCGAAACUGGCAUGGUCAAAAUAUUGAAGGCAUCCCGGAGGAGUUCCUCCAAGCUUGCCCUCUGA